CUAAAUUUAGCAAUCUCGCACACCCUCUUUCCCAAGUUUAGCAGAAAACCCAAAUGGGUUAAGAGAGAGAUUGUACUCUUUUCUUUUAAAAAAUAAAAUUUCAAAGAGAGAGAAAAAGAAAAACCCAUUAAGACUUUGGAAUUGAAAUCUGUGUUCUGUGUGUGUGUGUGUGUGUGUUUUGGUUUCUUUGAAGUUUCUUUUUUCUGGGUUUUGAUCAAUUGGAUAUUUGGAAAAAUGGGUAGGGGGAAGAUUGAGAUCAAGAGGAUUGAGAAUGCAAAUAGCAGGCAAGUCACAUUCUCUAAAAGACGCGCUGGACUGCUCAAGAAAGCUCAGGAAUUGGCUAUCCUUUGUGAUGCCGAGGUUGCUGUUAUUAUCUUCUCUAACACCGGCAAGCUUUUUGAGUUUUCUAGUUCUGGAAUGAAGCGAACACUCUCAAGAUACAACAAAUGUCUAGAUUCUCCUGAGACUGCUGUUGUAGAAUACAAGAUGGAGAAACAAGAUUCUAAGGAGGCGGAUGUUCUAAAAGAGGAAAUUGCAAAGCUACAAAAGAAGCAAUUACAUCUAUUGGGUAAGGACCUUACUGGCUUAACCCUGAGAGAAUUACAGCACCUAGAACAGCAACUAAAUGAUGGAUUGUUGUCAGUGAAGGAGAGGAAGGAGCAGUUACUCAUGGAGCAACUAGAGCAAUCAAUAGUACAGGAACAGCGUGCUGUAUUGGAAAAUGAAACCUUGCGCAGACAGGUUGAAGAGCUUCGAUGCCUAUUUCCACAAACAGAGUACCCAGUUCCAUCCUAUCUCGAAUACUACCCUAUUGAGAAGAGAAGUUCACUUGUAAACCAUGGUAUCUUGAAUACAGACUUGUCCUCCAAUUUUGCAGUUGAGAAAGGAGAUUCAGAUACCACAUUGCACUUGGGGCUGGCAAGUGAUGUUUAUCACAAGAAGAAGAUCCACGAGGGGGAAAUUCACUCCAGUGACUCGGGAAGCCAAUUGGGACUUCUGUGAUCGUUUUUUCAUUUGUAAUUUUUCUUGCACAGAAUCAACAGAACAGGAAUUUAGUACAGUUGAUUCAAGUUUAGCAGAGAUUGUUGAAAAAGUAACAUUAGCCAUUUUAGAAAAAUGUAGGAUCCAAAAGCAAUGCCAAAUUUAGAAAUGGAGAUGGUGUUUCUAUAUUCUGCCAGUUCAGGUGGAGGAGAAAAUUUUCUAGUUGUCACACCAGUUUUUUAAGUUGUUGGUUUUGGAUAUUGCAAAUUGUAGACUUUUUUUUUUUUUUUUUUUUUUGGGGGUUUAAAAGCAUGCAACAAAAUGGCCUGUAGGUUCUCUUUUUCUUUCUUUUGUUUGCAAAUUCAUCUUUCUAUCCUUUACGAAGAGUAAAAAAGAAAAAAAAAAAAAAGAAAAAAGAAAAAAGAAAAAAGAAAAAGAAAAGAAGAAAAACAGAAAAGGAAAAUAAAAAGGAGUUGCAAAAUGCUUCAUGGGAUUUACAGACGCAAUUAUGAACUUCUUAUAUUUCAUUACAUGUUCUAAUAACAAACAUUUCAAGACCAGAUUGACAUGAUAAACUUAAAAUCAUUCUGCAAACCAUUCAAUUGAAGAAUAUAAACAGUAAACAGAAUCACGAAACCACAAGAUCAAUCAUUUUUUUUUUUUUUGGGUAAUUCACAAAA